AUGAUUGCCACAUCCAACAUCACCAUGGACGAUCCAACCGUCAAGACGGUCCAUUGCAGUGGCAGUCCCUACGAGAUAGGCUUCACCCACGGAAAUGCAGCCUCGACUGAAAUUCAUAACAACAUUGCCACCUAUACUUAUUUCUUUGGAGAGACGGCGAAAAUUACUUGGGAAGUAGCUCGCGAGCGCGCCGUCACACGCUUUCUGCCUACCGUCAGGAAACAAUGGCCUGAAAUUGUGGACGAGAUGAGAGGAAUUGCAGAGGGGGCUGGAAACGGCGUGACGCUGGCCGACAUUGUCACUCUCAAUGUCCGCACAGAGAUUGCUUUUACCAACUACACAGAUGGAUGUACGUCGAUAGGCCAAAGGGCCCAAGACGGCACGAUGUUCCUCGCACAAAACUGGGACAUGAUCCCAGAAUUGCAAAAGGGUAUGAUAUUUCUUCAUAUUAGGCCUGCAGACUCUGAUAUCGCUUUGCGAUUCCUUGGCGAGGCUGGAAUUGUUGGGAAGAUUGGCAUGAACAGUGCUGGUUUUGGAUUUUGUAUGAAUGCCUUGAGAUCAGGGGCUCUCAACCCAAACAACAUGCCAGUCCACAUUAUGUCGCGUCGUCUACUGCAGUUUGCCACCAGCUUCGACACGGCCAUCGCCAUCAUCGAGAAGUUUGGACUCGCAAGCUCGAUAAAUUACUUACUUGCCGAUAGGACGGGGAUUUUUGCUGACAUUGAAUGUUCUCCUCUGGGGACCUUUCUGAUCUUUCCUCAAAAGGGAUAUGUGGCCCACGCAAACCAUUUCUACGGGCCAGGUCGACCGGCGAAAUUGGUUGAUCACCCUGCUGCUGAUUCACUCAAGCGACUGGCACGAAUGCAAGAGCUGACUGAGCAUGAUCUGCAGCUCGGCACGCAGACAUCGUUUGACUCUUUAAGAAAAAGGCUUUCCGAUGAACAGGGGAGUCCUCCGGCAAUUUGCAGGAGUGUUCCUCCUGGUGCCGUGGGAAUUGAUCGAAUCAUCACACUGGGGACUAUUCUGAUGGAUUUGACACACUGUACCGGUAGAGCCAUGAUCGGAAGGCCUUGUGAGGAUCUUCCUGUUGUAGACUGGUCAUUUUGA